CUUUCUGCUUCUCUUCUCUUUCUAUCCCUCACCCUUUCCUCUCAUAUCCCUCCCACCAUGUCUGUCGGUACCAUCUACUCCUAUCCCCAGAACCCUCGUGUCUUCAAGGCCCUCGUUGUCGCCAAGUACAACGGUCUCGAGGUCACUGUUGAUGACAAGUUCACCAUGGGCACCACCAACAAGACCCCUGAGUGGCUCGCCAAGUUUGGAGCCUCCCAGGUCCCUGCCUUCGAGGGCGCUGACGGCACCAUCAUCAUCGAAUCCGGUGCCAUCGCCUACUACCUCGCCCACUUGAAGAGCGACUCCACCUUGGUCGGCCGCUCCAACUCCGAGGAGGCCCAUAUCCAGCAGUGGGUCCAGUUUGUUGACUGCCAGGUUGUCCCCUUUCUCAGCAGCUGGUUGUACCCCAUCUGGGGCUUCGUCCCCUACAACAAGGUCGUCGAGACCCAGUCCAUUGAGCGUGUCAAGGCCUCUCUCCAGACCCUUGAGCACCACUUGAUCAAGAAGACCUAUUUGGUUGGCGAGCGCGUCACCUUGGCCGAUAUCUCCGCCGCCGCCUCCCUCUAUACUGGUUUCAAGGCCCUCUUCGAUGCUGAUUUCCGCAAGACCAUCCCCGCUGUCACCCGUUGGUUCACCACCAUCGUCAACCAGUCCAACUUCAAGGCUAUCGCCGGCGAGUUUACUCUCUGCGAGACCGCCGCUAAGUUUGCUCCUCCCAAGAAGGAUACCAAGGAGAAGAAGCCCAAGGAGGAGAAGCCCAAGGAGGAGAAGAAGCCCAAGGCUAAGGAGCCCGAGGAGGAGCCCGAGGAGACCUUCGAGGAUGCCCCCAAGCCCAAGUCCAAGUUGGACCUCUUGCCCGCCGCCAAGAUGCCCUUGGAUGAGUGGAAGCGCCAGUACUCUAACAACGAUACCCCCGUCGCCAUGAAGUGGUUGUGGGAGAACAUCGACCUCUCCGCCGACUACUCGAUCUGGAAGGUCGACUACAAGUACAACGACGAGUUGACCAAGCUUUACAUGUCCAACAACUUGGCUGGUGGUUUGAUGAACCGUCUCGAGCGUGCCCGCAAGUAUGCCUUCGGAUGCUUGGUCGUCGCUGGUGAGGACAACGCCAACAUCAUCACCGGUUACUUCAUCGUCCGCGGCAAUGCCGAUGAGAUGAUCGAGGAGAUCACUGAUGCCGCUGACUACGACUCCUACACCUGGGUCAAGGUCAACGUUGACGAUGCCGAGAAGGAGAAGAUCAACCAGGUCUUUGCCUGGGAGGGUUCUAUCGAUGGCAAGCCCAUCUCUGACGGAAAGGCCUUCAAGUAAAUACCCUGGUACCCCUAGAAGAAGCCUAUCUGGGCUUGUAACAAUCUUGCACAUAAUAAAACUAUCUAAAAAUA